GAGACUUCGAUGCCACAAAAAAGCGUCUCCAUGUUACUUUUUCGCGCUCCUUACUACUCAGGGGGAAGCAUCAGAGGAAACCCGCUUGAAUCCCAACUCGCAAAGUCGAGGAAGGUACUUGACUGUUGUCAGCUGCACGCAGCUGUCCUGCCACUGUGACCGUAUGUGUAUCUGAGUGUCAGCACUCGGCACCUACACUCUAUCGCGACAUUUUUCGGUUUUUACCAAGCCCAUUUCAGAGAGACACAAUGUCGUGCGACGUCGGUGUUUACGGCCUUGCGGUGAUGGGUCUGAACCUGUCCCUGAAUAUGGCCAGCAAGGGAUUCAAGGUGUGCGUUUGCAACAGGACACCGAGCAAAAUCACUGUUGCCGUCCAAAAGGCCCAGGAGCAAAAACUCAAGAACUACAUAGGAAUUGAGGCAACAAGUGAAUUCGUAGCUGCGCUGAAACGGCCCCGGAGAAUCGUGAUGAUGGUUCAGUGCGGCGCACCGGUGGAUGCGCUUAUUGAACACUUUCUGCCUCUACUCGACAAGGGCGAUUGUUUAGUCGACGGCGGAAAUGAAUUUUUCGAGAACACAGAGCGCCGUGGAAGACUGUGUGCGGCGAAAGGCAUCUUAUACAUGGGGCUUGGCGUCAGCGGUGGCGAGGAGGGGGCUCGCUACGGGCCGUCCUUAAUGCCGGGCGGGAGUCCCGAGGUGUGGGAACUGAUGAAGCCCAUUCUGGUGCAAAUCGCCGCGAAAGUCGACCCGAACGGAGCUGUCCCUGCCCCGGGAGCUACGACUUUUACACAAGCAGAACUGGAGAAUGCCUGCGUCACGCACAUUGGUCCAGGUGGCUCAGGGAAUUACGUUAAGAUGGUCCACAACGGCAUUGAGUACGGCGACAUGCAACUCAUUGCAGAGGCCUAUUACUUGUUGAAGUAUGUGUGCGGCCAGUCCAACGAUCAGAUGGAAAAAACAUUGGCGCAGUGGAAUAAAGGCCCUCUCAAUUCGUACCUCAUCGAGCUGACAAGCAAAAUUCUCGCCAAGAAAGACUCUCUCACCGACGCCUACCUUCUGGACAAAAUCCUUGACGCAGCUGGAUCGAAGGGAACCGGCAAAUGGACAGUUCAGCAAGCAGCUGAAGCGGGCGUUGCAGUGCCGACAAUCGCUGCUGGCUUGGACAUGCGAUACAUCAGCGACAACAUCGAGCUCCGCCAGAACAUGGCAGCCGUCUACGCAAAGUCGUGGCCAGCGGGUUCUUCGCUCCGUUCUGGCAACGAAACCCUCUGCGGGGACAUAGAGAAGGCACUGCUAUGCGGGAAGAUUUGCUGCUACGCACAGGGCAUGCAGCUUCUUUCUGUCGUGUCCGAACGCAAGGGGUGGAACCUAAACCUCGCGGAGAUUUCCCGGAUCUGGAAAGGCGGCUGCAUCAUUCGAGCAGCUUUCCUCGACACCAUGCGGAAGGCCUUUUUCGCGAGUCCAUCACUCAAAAACCUCCUCAUGGACCCACAGAUCGCAGAGAUUAUGUUAGCGAAUAUUCCGUCUCUCCAGCGGGUGGUCGCCACCUCUCUCAGCACCGCGUUUCCGUUUGGAGAGCAGUCCUUUCCAAUCCAUCUGUCAGUUCCGUGUCACUCUGCAAGUUAUUUUUACCUCGCCGCAAACGCUAGUGACCGACUGCCUCUGAAUUUGGUUCAAGCUCAACGAGAUGCUUUCGGUUCACACACAUUCAAGCGCAUCGAUAGGGAUGGUGUUUUUCACGAGGAGAACUGGACCACUGGUGUCUGACGAAGUUGUGAAGGGGCUUCCGAAGAAACGUCGGACGCUAAAUCUGUGUCGGAAGUGCGCCUUUGUUAUCCUUGUGUCGGGAAACAUAGGCCGGGGUGCUAACGUAGUCAACCACGCGGCGGUAGCCGUGGAGAGAGACAGCAGCGAGGUGGGUGGGCGCAACUCUCAGGUGAUGUUUGUGUUUCGACGAAGGUCGCGGCAUGGGAUCUCCUAUGGUUACACAGUCGAAUGACUGUUCCAUUAACAGUCGAGUUCAUACCGCUUGUUCAAACGAACCUCACAGUGGGCAACACUGACUUUGGUUAGUAUGCCGUCAUAAGGCUGCCUGUGCGUUAUUUCCUGGGUGUUUCCCGUGGACGAAGUACAGUGUUGUAUUAUACUACUUCGGUGUAAGUCGCUCUUCAUCAUGGCUUGCCCGCAGGUGCUUAUUUGUCUACAACCAAACUCUUUUGAUUCAUUGCUGCUACCACGAGGCAUGUGUAGGCAUAUAUUUCAGGCAUAACACCACGUAUAGUGCGUCAAACGAGAGUCCGAAGCCGUCGAAAGUAUAGAGUCAGCUAGCACUGAUCGCGCCAGAUCCGGCAAAAGGAUGUAGGGAACUCGAAAAUUUGGAGAGCCCUGCUGUCCCGCUACUUAGUUACAUCCCGCAGCCGGUGAGGGUUGCCAAUGCGCUGGCUGUUAGCGGGAAUCCAAAGCGUGUUGAGUAAGAACCGAAUGGUGUUGCUUCGUUGAACCCUUUGUUUUGUGCCCCUUGUUCCACGAGAUUCGCAGCCGGGUACAAGUGUAACGAUAGCAUGUGGUGGGCUCCCUAAAGCGUCUAGGUCUAAAAAUGCUGCACAUUGCCUCCUGCCUGCACACAUUACAUUUGGCUGUGAAAGACCUCUUGGAGCAGACUCCUUCAGGAGGAACUAAUCGGUGUCGUGGCA